UGAAGUGACUAUUAUUUUUAAUCUGUGGUAAUACAAAAGAAAACAAAACGGCGAUGUUUUGUUAUAUCUUCUUAAAUAAGUUUCUAUAAAGUCCUUUUUUUAUCUAAAUUUUAUGUACCUGAAAGGAUAUAAGAAUGGCAGAAAUUUACAAAUUGAUACACCCUCUCAAGUAUUUUAAUGAUUAUAUAUCCCGAAAUAUUCGCCCGGACGGAAGAAAAUUCACUGAACAGCGUAAUAUUAAAUUAAACGUUAAUUCAUUAAAAACUGCGGAUGCUUCUGCGGUUGUUAAAUGUGGAAACACAACUAUUGUUUGCGGAAUAAAAUUAGAAUUGGCAACACCAAAAGCUGAAGAGCCCAACCAAGGUUUUUUAGUUACAAAUGUCGAAUUACCAGCACUUUGCUCAUCAAAAUAUAAACCAGGUCCUCCAUCAGAUCAUGCACAAGUUACAAAUUGUCUGGUGUCUGAUAUAAUUGUUAACUCGAAAUCUGUUGACUUGAAGGACCUUUGUAUAGUGCCAGAUAAACUGGCAUGGGUAUUAUACUGUGACAUGGUCUGCUUGGACAAUGAUGGUAGUUUAGUAGAUGCUUGUAUUAUAGCAUUGAUGGCAAGCUUAAAAACAUUGUCUCUUCCAUCAGUAACAUAUGAUUGUGAAACUGAAGAAAUUACUGUCGAUGAAAACAAUAAAACGCCACUAAAGGUACAUGGAAUGCCUGUAGCUACAAGUUUUGCAGUUUACAAGGCUUUAGAAAGUGACAUGUUAUUAAUGGACCCAUCAACAUAUGAAGAAGACAUGUGUGGUGGUAUUGGAGCCAAUUUUGUUGUGUGUUGCAAUAAUGGAUUACUUUGUGGAACACAGAAAUUUGGAGGUAGUAAUCCUUCAACAGAAUGCCAAGAAGAAGCGUUGAAAAUGGCUAAACAUAGAGUAAAACUUGUUGAACAAGUUAUUGAGAAAUGUAUUAAAAAUAAUGAGAUAGCUAUGAGCAGGUAGUUAAUAUAAUCAUAAAUUAAGUAACCAAAUAUUCAUAAGUAUUUUUUAUAAGCAAUAAAAUAAUGGCGAUAUAUUCAAAACUUAUUGUUUAUUAUUAUAACUAAGAUGUUCA